AUGGAAUCUUCCAAGAGAUCUAACGAUAACGAUGAAUCAGAUACCAGAGUUAAGAGGAGAGAAACCGAACCUGGCUUAGUUUUAAAUGGGUAUGGCUCAAUUGAUGCCAUAAAUAAUAUAAUACAAUUUCAAAUCGCAUCUGGCCACAUUAGUGGAGAAUCAGUGGACUCUCUACAGCUUGAAAAAUCUAUAAAUAACUCAAGAGUCCCUCUGAACCAGACCUAUAUCCCAGUGGAGUCAGUAGAAGAGGAACCAGAAUAUGUUAGUGAAGAAGAUUUUAGACUUGAUAGAAUAAAGGAACUAUUAUCAAGACCUGCAAGGGUUCAGGUUAAGGAUUACGCAAAUUCAUGUUACGUUGAAGGUAAUCAGACCUAUAACAUUUGGUAUAAUAAAUGGGCUGGUGAACGAAAUUGUGAUUAUGUGAACGGACGAACAAGCCUCGCACCUGCCAUGUACACUUGUGACCCUGAACUUGAUUCAGGCUAUACAAGAGCCAACUCGAAACAUUCCGUGGAUGAUUCAGGCACCAAAUUUAUAUGCCUUUUUUUCGCAAAGGGCUGCUGUAGUCAGGGCAGCAAGUGCAACUAUUUACACCGAGUGCCCAUACUAGAGGACGAGUAUUUCCUCGACACCUCAGUUGAUAUAUUCGGCCGUGAACGUUUCAGUAAACACAGGGACGAUAUGACGGGAGUUGGAAGCUUUAAUAGCAGCUGUAAAGUGUUAUUUAUAGGGGAUAUAACUGCCGACGUAUCCACAUGUAACCCUGUGGAAGAUUUAAAAAUUGAACUCACAAAGAAGAUUGAGAAAUACGCUCCACUUCAGGAACUAAAUGUCAUAAUUAACAAAGGAGUUGCUUUUGCCACCUUUGAGUCAAGGGUAUAUGCAGAAUUUGUUAAGGUUGCUUUAUCUAGCCAACCCAUGGGUGUUUACAGCACUGCCCUUAACGUGAAAUGGGCUCACGAUAUACAGAAAACACAAAAGAAGGAUAAAAAAGAUGUAAAGAACUUUGGUGAGCUGGUUCGAAAACACGAAGAUCAAUUGAGGAACUUCCAGGAAAACUACCUUUCAGAUCCAAAUUUUGUUACUAGUCUAAUUAAUAAUCACUCCGGAACUCUAAAUCCUAAUGUAAACGGGGAGAGCUACUCUAAAAGGAAGGAAAAAAUGGAACAGAUUCUAACAUCUGUUGAAAAUGUAGAUGAAGAUCAAUUCAACGUAAACAUCUGA